UUGUUACCAUUCGGCACACAUUUAAUAUCCAUUGAUGAAGAUAAUGUACUGAAAAUAUUUGAUAUUAAAGAUGAAUCAGAGUUUUUAGAACUGACAUUUGAUGAGGAUAAUUUUAAAAUAUCAACAAUAUGUCACCCUCCUACUUACCUGAACAAGGUAUUACUUGGAAGCACGCAAGGGCAACUUCAAAUAUGGAAUGUACGUACUUCAAAAUUGGUGUUUACUUUCCAAGGCUGGGAUACCGCUGUUACAGUUACAGAGCCCGCUCCUGCAGUUGAUGUAGUUGCAAUUGCUCUUGCUAAUGGAAAAAUCAUUUUGCAUAACUUGCGCUAUGACCAGACUGUUAUGGAGUUUGUUCAUGACUGGGGUAUGGUGAGUUGUUUGUCGUUUAGAUUAGAUGGGAUCCCUGUGAUGGUGACUGGUAGUACUAAGGGGCACAUAGUUAUGUGGGAUUUAGAAGAGAAGAGAGUUAUGUCACAGAUACAAUCAGCACAUUCAUCUCAAGUGGCUGGUUUGCAAUGUUUGAUGUCAGAACCUCUAAUGAUUACUAACUCACAAGAUAAUUCCUUGAAAAUGUGGAUCUUUGAUAUGCCUGAUGGUGGUGCUAGGCUUCUAAAGAAAAGGGAAGGUCAUUCACUUCCUCCAAACUUGGUGCGGCAUUGUGAACCUACUGGGGAAAAUCUCUUGGCAGCUGGAAGAGAUAGCAGUCUCCACAUUAUGAAUACUGUUACUGAAACAUUCAAUAAGAGCAUGGGAAAGGCGUCUUAUAAUAGAAAAAUUUCUAAAAAGAAAAAACGACUACAAACUGAUUAUCUCGUGAUGCCACCAAUUACUAAAUUAAGUUCUUGUAUGCAAAGAGAUAAACAAUGGGACAGUAUAGCUUCUCUUCAUGAAGGCAUGUACAUGGCUACGACAUGGUCUUACAAUAAAAUACGUAUGGGAGAGCACAAGCUAAAGCCACCUGAAAUGGAAAAAGGUGUUCAAGCUACAUGUUUGACGGUAACACAUUGUGGAAACUUCGUUGUUAUAGGUUACAGUAAUGGGCAAGUUCAUAAAUUCAAUAUGCAGUCUGGUUUGCAUAGAGGUUUCUACGGCAAAGAGAAAAAACUCGCACAUAAGGGAGCUGUUAGAGGUGUGGAGACUGAUCUUUGUAACCAGAGAGUAAUUACAGUGGGAGCUGAUGAUAAAUUGAAAUUUUGGUAUUUCAAAACAGGAACAAGUCCAUUUCAUGUUUUAAAAUUAAAGGAAUCAGUGAGUAGCACCAAAUGUCACAGAGAUAGUGGCUUGUUGGCACUGGUUAAUGAAGAUUUUUCCAUAACUUUGGUUGACAUUGAUACAAUGAAUAUUGUCAGAAAAUUUGAGGGGCAUGUUGGGAAAAUUAAUGACAUUGAUUUUGACUGUCAAAGCAGGUGGUUAGUCAGUUCGUCAAUGGACUGUACUAUUUGUACCUGGGAUAUACCUAGCGCACAACUUGUAGAUAUAUUUUAUGUAGAACAACCUUGUACAUCAUUAAGUAUGUCUCCUACUGGUGAUUAUUUAGCAACAACACAUGUCGGAGAGUUAGGAGUGUUCCUUUGGGCAAAUAAACUUUUAUAUGACAGAGUUUUUCUAAAACCUAUUGAUAGAAAUACAGUUGAGAUCCCGAAAUUAAAAUUACCAAAUACAGCAAUUGAGAAACCUGAUAUAGAAGAUAUAGGCAGAAUUGAUUUAGGCGAAGAACCAGAGUACAAAUCCCCUGAACAAAUUAGUGAAGAACUCAUUACCCUUUCUGAUCAGCCAACGUCAAGAUGGUUAAAUCUUUUAAAUCUAGACAUUGUGAAAAUGCGAAAUAAACCUAAAACGCCCUUAACGGUUUCUAAAUCAGCGCCUUUCUUCCUGCCAACAAUACCAAGUCUAGAACUCGAAUUUGACUUAGAGAAGGAAAAAGAAAGUGGUAAAAAUAGGAAACUUUUAAUUCCUGAAUCACUAUCUACAUUGACGGCAUUUGCAAAAAAAUUAGUUUCUUGUAAUAACGAUAAAGAUUACUGGCUAUGUGUAGAAAAACUUAAAUCACUGUCGCCGUCAAUAAUUGAGGCAGAAAUAAUUAGUAUGGCCGUUGACGCCGGUGGGUCGAUAGAAGUUAUGAGACAUUUUCUCGUUAUGUUGGAAACUAUGCUCAAAUCAAAUAGAGAUUUCGAAUUAGCGCAAUCAUAUUUAAGCUUGUUUUUAAAGACUCAUACUAAAACUAUAUCUCAGAAUGAGGAUCUGAGGAAUACUUUAGAAUCAGUUGAAGAGUCUGCAGCACAGACUUGGUCAAGGCUGCAAAGUCAUUUAUUUUAUAAUAUUUGUGUUGUUAAAGCAUUAAAGGAUAUGUAA